ACAUUCAGUCCCUUCUUAGUCGAGGCAAGAGAUCCAGAUGUUCAUCAUGAUAAAGCAGACGGUGACUCUGCUGUUGUUGAUAGCGUGUGCAGCCGCUUACCCCAAGGUGUCGAUGCUGUUUCGGGAUACUCAGAACUAUGUGGGCGAGGCGCAGUGCUGCGUAGGCAUCUUCAACACGCCGCACACCUACAAGGACGUGUACAGGGUGACUGCUCUUUACCUCAGCUCCCACCUGCGCAACUUGGAGAACAACACGGUGGGCACUAUGCAGCAAGACAUCCACAUCACCAUGAGCCAGCAGAUUUCCGAUGGCGUGUGGCACGUGGUCUCCGCCUACAACUACACAGAAGUCGCGGAACCCCUCCAGCUCCUGAGGAUACCCGUGGACUACACCACCAACACGCAGUCCGGGUUCAUAUUCGAGAUCUGGUACGGCGGGCCUCUCAGCUACCCGUUGUAUUCGCCUUACAAUAUCGCCGUCGCUCCCUACAACACCUCAUUCAACUACUUCAUUCUGGGUAUGGAUUACGAGUACCUCGGUGUGCCUGUGUGAGAGAUGACCCACACGUGAAACGUUUUCUUUCUGUCGUCGCUGAGAACUAUGUGCCUAUCACAACUGUGCAGAUCUGAAUGAUUUCAUAGAAUAAUACAUAAAAAUAAAUUGUGUUACAAACAAAUUUUAAUCUGUAUUCGUUUCAUACAUAUUUGUCAUGCAUUAUGUCUAAUAAUGGUACUAUUCCCUUUCUUUGUUACGAUUAAGAGUUAGCUUUUACAUGGGUAUUUGACGAAAUAUUAGCACAUACAGCACAAAGAAGUCGUAUUAAAAGAUCGUCACUACACUAUGUACUUACUAUAAAUUUCUCAGUGUCUACAUUCAUUGUGUAAUGUUAAGGGGUAAAUUAGAGACUGCCAACCGACUAGUAAAAGAAUAAUUUAGCACAAGGUACUUAGAACAAAAAACUAUGCAU